ACGAGAUUAACGAUAGCGAUUUCUAUACCUUUCUCACAUGAUACAGGUCCAAACUCAAGCGUUCAGAGAAACUGAAUUACAUUGACGCUGUUCAGUGUACUGGGCAAAAGAAGGCCAGAACUCCGGCUGCUAUCGCUGCGGGAGCUAAGAGUCGUUACGAUGAUUUUGUUGUUACUCAUAUCUUACUAACGCAAUAUACACACGGAAAUAUACGUUCAAUUCUGCUCUCCAAUGUUUCCUCAGAAUGACUCAUGUCUAUAAGGGCAACUUUCUGUCGUGGCACCGCUACUUCAUGUGGGCGUGGGAACAAACUCUGCGCAACGAAUGCGGGUACAAGGGCUAUCUCCCCUACUACAACUGGGCCUUGUGGGCUGAUAACCCUGCUGCUUCUCCUCUCCUCGAUGGCAGCGACACGAGCAUCUCUGGAGAUGGAGAGUACGUUCCGGGACGCAAUGUCAGCUGCGUGCCUAACCCAGGCCGAUGCUUUGUAGAAAUUCCUCCCGGUAACGGAGGUGGGUGCGUCGCUUCUGGACCCUUCAAGAACUGGAAGAUGCAUGUCGGACCUAUCUCGUCUCUUGACACUACUGUACAGCCAAAUCCAUCCCCUGAUGGUCUUGGCUACAACCCCAGGUGCAUCAAGCGAGACAUCAACACCCGCUCAUCAUCCGAGACCACCGAUGCCAACGUCGCCGGACUAAUCACAGGCAGUGCCAAUAUCUCCGCUUUCCAAAACACGCUUCAGAACCCUUCUCCAGGAAUACUCCGUGUUCAUCUUGGUGGUCAUCAAACAAUCGGCGGCGAUGCUGGUAGCGAUUUCUAUAACUCUCCGUCUGACCCGUACUUUUGGAACCACCACGCACAAAUUGACCGAAUUUGGUGGAUUUGGCAGAAUCAAAACUUGAAGGAGAGACGCUUUACUAUUGCUGGCACCCUUACGUUCCAGAAUGUCCCACCAACAAGAAAUGCGACGCUGGAUGAUGUUAUGACAUUUGGGGAGUAUCUGGGCUUCCCAAAUAUGACUAUUAAGGAGGCUUCGAGCACGCUUGCUGGACCCUUCUGUUAUAUCUAUGAGUAGGUACGCGGUGUAGACAAUUGAUCCAGUAUCACAGACCCUGCAAUCCAGCAUCCACACACCUCUCGUGAUCUUCGCAAUAACCUGUCUAAUGUCUCCCCCUCCACUCUCAUCU